AUGACCACUAUUCCACUUCCCGGAUUGUCCGUGGCUGUGUCUCUGAUCUACCAUCUUCUCGCAUGUGGCAUUGUGUCUUACAACCCUUGUCUCCGAGCUAUUAUGGAUCUAUCAUCGGAAUAUUUUUAUUCUCCUUUUAUCGCUUUUAACCUUGUUGUAUAAAACAUUGAAAAUGUUUUUCUCCCAAACUUUGUAUUACAUUUAAGUGAUUGA